UACUUUCAACACUACUAUAUAACAAAUAAUUUGAGGUUCUGAUAGGUUUGUAAUGACGUAAUGUAUAUCCGAAGCCCCGGUGUGGGCAACAAAUGAUGCUAGAAUAUGGGCGCGUACAAGUCGCGGCCAACCCAAGUUUGUGCAGAUGAAUUUAAACGGAAGCUGGUCGACAGUUACCAGUUUGUGUGUAAGAAGCUCGACGGAGAAUGUUCCCCGGCCCAGCUUGACAGUGUUUGGAAGAGUUGCUUGGAAAAAGACGACGUGAUUGAGUUUUUAGCCUCCAAAGACAUCGACGUGAACGCUAACCUGGAAACUGGGACCACACCUCUACAUAUUCUCAGUGCUCACGGUACGGGACAACAAGUAGGGGCGCUCUUGGAGGCAGGAUCUAUCCUCAACACUUACUCCAGGCACGAGUUCACUGCUCUCCACUUCGCUACUUAUUCCGAUAAGGUAGAUAAUGUGGAGGUGUUGUCCAGCAAAGGAGCUGACGUAUCUGCUCAGGGAACCCUGGGUGUAACACCCCUACACCUCGCUGCUCUCCUCGGUCUGCAUGAGAUAGCAGCUAUACUAGUCUCUCGGGGAGCUAAGCUAGAUUUCCAGGACGAAGUAAAGUUCACCCCUCUCCACUUAGCUUGCUUUUACAAUAAUGAUGAGGUGGUUGGUGAACUUCUGAGAGGAGGAGCGAACGUGAACAUGUCUGGUAUUGUUGGAGAUAGGCCCUUACAUCUGGCGUGCUCCAGGGGUCAUGUUAAUAUCGUUAAGAGACUGCUCUCAACUAAAGACUGCGAUGUUGACGCAAAAGAUAACGAGAAGAACACGGCACUGCAUUACGCGGCGCGCCAGGCGCAGGUGGACAUCGUAAAGAUCCUGCUUAACUACACGACCCAACCCCACGCUGCUAACAUCUACGGGGACACCGCUCUUCACUUCGCGUGCUAUAGCGGUGGUCUACAAGUAGCUAAAUCGUUAGUGGAACAGGCUGGGACAGACAGUGUAGCAGCGGAGAAUAUCUACAGUGAGACGCCUCUACACAGCGCCUGUACCAACGGACAAAGUCUUGAGUUGGUGCGGUAUAUUCUGGAUCUGGGAGUAGUCGGGAUCAACCACCAGGGACAGGACAGACACACCGUGCUGCACAGCGCGUGUUAUCAUGGUCACAUGAAACUAGUGGAAUACUUGUUGGAUCGGGGUGCUGAUUCUACACUCCUCGCAGACGAAAAGGACGGUGGGGAUCCUCAGAGCUGUCUCAGAUGGGCAUACGAGAAAGGGUUUGAUGAUAUCUUGUCACUGUUGAAACGCAAACUCAGAGCUGAGGACAGCAGCAGUGAGGGUUCUGGUUCAGAUUACAAUUUACAAAUCCCCUCUCCGCUUGGGAAAAUCAGAAGCAUGGUCAGAGAAAAAGCGGAAGUGCAGGAGCUGCGAGACAGAUUGCCUCAUCACCAGCACAUAAUGUACGGCGAGAUUGAACUUCUUGAACCUAUCGGCAGUGGAUCGUUUGGUAAAGUUUUCAAAGGCAACUGCAGAAACAAGGUGGUCGCUAUUAAGAGGUACAGAGCAUCUCCUUUUUCAGCAAAAUCAGACGUAGACAUGUUCUGCCGGGAGGUUUCAAUUCUGUGCCGGGUCAAACACCCUAACAUUGUUAAAUUCAUAGGCGCCUGUAUGGAGGAACCAUGCCAAUUUGCAAUCGUGACAGAGUAUGCUGCCGACGGAUCCUUAUUUGCGAACCUUCAUCAGCAGAAAAUAGAGUUGUCUCCUCUCGACAUAAAGAUCUUAGCGUAUGACGUUGCACAAGGCAUGGAAUACCUCCACAAGUUAAAACCUGUACCUGUCAUCCACCGUGAUCUCAACAGCCACAACAUUCUACUCGCUGACCGACGAGCUAUCAUAUCUGAUUUUGGAGAGUCAAGGUUUAUCGUGAUGACUGAGUCGCUCACAAAGCAACCCGGAAACCUAAGGUGGAUGGCACCGGAGAUUUUCACACAGAGCACUAACUACACGGUAAAAGCGGACAUGUUCUCGUACACUCUUGUUCUCUGGGAGCUUCUGGCGGGAGAGCUUCCCUUCAACCAUCUUAAACCAGCGGCGGCUGCUGCAGACAUGGCGUACAGGAACGUACGACCCCCGAUCAACCCUGCAUGGCCUAACAACUACUGCGAUCUCAUGGCUCGUGGAUGGAGCGAGGACUCUAACGAACGACCAUCGUUUACAGAAGUGUUGCAACACUACAUUCCAUUGGACAAAAGUAUGAUUCCCAUCAAAACUGGAGCUAAAGGUGCAGCGCCGGUGAAGCAGCAACACCCAGAAGGAAACGGGUUCGUAGUUGCAAGUAACGGGUUAAGUAACGGCUCUAACGGUGCGACUAACGGUAACGCGAACGGUUCCGGCGAGGGUCUGUCACCCCACCACUCUGAACGUGAGGACAUGAAGUUCUUGGAGAACGACCAUUUCCGAGAUCUGAGAAAGAGAUGGGAGAAGGGCGAGAUGGAAGAGAGCGAGAUAGCGGAGUUAUCGUACACGAAUGAGGAAAUCAAGCAACUGCUGGACGACAAUCUGCAGUUACCAAGCGUGGAGGAACUCCGGGAGAAGAUCCAACAGGGUUCUCUUGCUGCAAGUAACGGCUAUAUAAUCGACCCCUACAAAACGUUAGAUUUCAUCCAGAAUUCUAACCAUAGUGAAUAGGCUGAAAGACCCGGAGAAAAACAAGAUAACGUCCAACCUACCGACUGUCCUUAUUGUGAUCCUGUUUUGGAACACUGACAGUGUUUUACUAUGAUAGAUAAUAGGGCCUUCUCUUAGUUCAAAGUAGCUUAUUUUAUCAGCUGGGACCUGCUGUGAACGUUUUACUGAUUAAUAAGCUAAUUAAGUUUAAUUAGUUAAUUAAUUGAUUGAUUGGUUAAUUAACUGGUUUUUCGUUGAUUGGCGAGCUUGUUAAUUGGUAUUUGAUUUUUAAUUUUUUGCUCGGUUUUAACACAUGUGUUUCAGAGUAUGGUGUUUUGAUAAGAAUGUGUUGUCUUAGACAGUGUAUCUCCUUGGUGAGCGCCAAGCUAAGUGCUCUUGAUAAAUUAUGGUUUAAAAUCAUCCCGAAUUUGCUAUACUUUUUAAAUGUAAACCCAAAUACAUAGUCGAAAAGGAGGAUAUAUAAAGCAUAAAAAUCUACAUUUUUCUAUAUUUACCUAGCGUUAGGUUAGACUAGAAUACAUUCUAGUAGCAUAAAUUGAGUUUUGUUAUAUUUGACUCUGAGAUAGAUUUUAAGAUUAGGUUAGCUCAAACCAUAAAUUGGUAAAGUCUUCCACCGCAUUAUUGGUUGAUACGAUGUUGAACUGGAUUGCAGCACGCGCGCAUACGCUCAAGGUGUUUUUAAGAUGUUGUUUUCUGGUCUUUCUGUUAUAUUUCUCCGUGUAUACAAGGUCAUCUCCAAUGAAUAUGAUACAUGGUUUGUUUCGAAGUGUCUCCGUGAAAAACAUUAAAUUUCCGUUGCUCAAUUUUUCACCGCUUAUGACGUUGUGUGUGAUGUAUGGUAUGAUAUAACUGCGAUUACAUAUUAUAUUAUAUAUUGUACCUUUUUUUCGUAGGCGUGCGUUUAUUUUUUAUAACUUUUUUAGAACAUGUAUCGCCGCGAGUUGUGUGUAUAUAUUCUGUCUUAUUUAACAUAACGUAAUAUGUUAUUGGUAUAUAUGUGUCUAGUGGUUAAAUUUGUUAACUAAUUUGGUUGGAAAAUUGCGCCUUCAGCUUCAGUUUUACUAUCAAUUUGUGCGCCUCUCUGCAUGCGUAAUACAGAUUUUAAUCGACACGGAAUCGUGAUAUAAUUUUCUCUUCCAUUAAUUUUCAAAUAGUUAAAAUUUAGGGUUUUUUACAGUUGGUAUUUAGCAAUUUCGCUGUGCAAAAUUAUUAACGAUUUUAAAUCACGUACGAUUACUUAUCGGUCAACCAUAAAUUUCCAUUUGCAUUUUGCAUUGGUAAAUCCCAAUUUACCGGUGCAUGAUAGUAGAAGAACAAUAAAGGAAUUGUGAGUUCUAACUUCGACUUUGAUACUGUGAGAAAAUACAUUUUACUAUGUAACCACAUUCAUUGCUUAUUGCACCUGUAUAAAUUCAUAAAAUAAUGGUUUCCUUGUCUGGAAA